UUAAUCCUCGAAUAAUUCUAUCAAUCUUCGGCUGUACAAGUCAAAAUUCAAACUCCGUAAAACAGAACUCGUCAGUGUUUCCAGAUACUUCUUCCUUCAUCCCAUCAAUAAACUCAUCUCAUCAUAAAACAGCACACAAAACAGCUAAACACAAACAAAACCCAGAAAUCAGAAGAGAGAGAAAGAUGUCGUGCUUGUUUUCCUGCUGCGCAUCUCUUGCGUGCGGGUGUUGCACAUCAGUAGCAUCUGGGAUCACAAAGAAGUCUGCUCGUAUUGCUUAUUGUGGUCUCUUUGGUGCUUCUCUUGUUAUUUCCUGGGUUCUUCGAGAAGUCGCUUCUCCUUUGCUGCAAAAAAUUCCCUUUAUCAAGAGCUCAUAUCAGGGGAUUAACAAUGCUGAUCACACAAAAGAGUGGUACCAGACUAGUACAGUUCUUCGGGUCAGCUUGGGAAAUUUCCUGUUUUUCGUGGUGCUUGCCAUAAUAAUGAUUGGUGUGAAGGACCAGAACGAUCGACGUGAUUCUUGGCAUCAUGGAGGAUGGAUUGGGAAGAUGAUUAUUUGGUUUCUACUUAUCGUGCUCAUGUUUUUUAUGCCAAACGUCAUCGUAGAUAUAUAUGGUAUUCUGUCAAAAUUUGGCGCAGGACUAUUUUUAUUGGUUCAGGUUAUUUUACUAUUGGAUUUCACUUACACAUGGAAUGAUGCUUGGGUUGAGAAAGAUGAGCAUAAAUGGUACAUGGCUUUGCUUGCAGUAUCAGUAGGUUGCUAUAUUGCUGCUUUUACUUUAUCCGGAAUUUUGUUCAUUUGGUUCAACCCUUCUGGCCAAGACUGUGGCCUCAAUGUGUUCUUCAUUGUGAUGACCAUGAUACUUGCUUUUGCAUUUGCUGUCAUUGCUUUGCAUCCAAAGGUGAAUGGAAGCCUCCUUCCAGCCUCAGUAAUUUCUGUCUACUGUGCUUAUGUGUGUUAUACUGGUCUUUCUAGUGAACCUCGUGAUUACAUUUGCAAUGGUCUACAUAACAAAUCCAAAGCUGUUUCCACAAGCACCCUUAUCCUGGGAUUGAUCACAACCGUGCUCUCGGUCUUGUACUCAGCUGUUCGCGCUGGCUCAUCAAAGGCAUUUCUAUCACCCCCCUCAUCUCCAAGAGCAGGUGCUACUAGCCCUCUUCUGAGCCCAGACGACCCAGAAGCUGGUGAAAAAAAAGAUUCGGAAUUCCGUCCUGUCAGUUAUUCAUACACUUUCUUUCAUCUGAUAUUUGCCCUUGCUAGCAUGUACUCAGCCAUGCUUCUCUCGGGAUGGACCAGCUCAUCGGACAGCGCAGAUCUAAUUGAUGUUGGUUGGGCUUCUGUCUGGGUGAAAAUCUGCACAGAAUGGGUGACUGCAGGACUUUACAUUUGGUCUCUUUUGGCACCUAUACUGAUGCCAGAUCGUGAAUUUUUUAGUUAAUUUGUGAGAAUUAUGUUCUCAAUUCUUAUAUAGCUCACCAUGCCUAUCAAUAGCUCGAUUCUCAAACUUUCAUACCAAUGACUUUGGCUUUCGGAACUUGAGAUAGGUAAGAAAGCAUGUACAGUGUUUAGGUCAAGCUUGUGUAAUUAUGCUCUCUCUUAGACCUCAAAUGUUAAAACUAUCCAGUAGAGCAAAUCUUAGACCUCUAAUAACGAUAUGUGUAUAAAUCUAGUGUGUAAGGAAUGUGGUUUGGUUCUUAAAAUUUUGAAUGAAAAUAUUUAGACAAUUUAUAUAUUGACAAUGACAAGUAUGGGUUGCCAGGUGA